AUGAUGCAGCCCGUUGGCCAUCCGGAAAGCUUCGUUCGAGGUCUGGGUCGCCGAGUCGCCGUUCACUCCCGAGGAGACGCGCCGGACGCAGACUUCAAAACUUUCUUCGCGGGGACCAAGCUGGCUCUCUGGUGGCUGCCAGAGGUGAACAACAUGUGUCGAAUACGUGGUCUCGGUUCCAAAGCGCGCGGCGACAAGAGGGGGGCUGCUGCUGGUCGAGCCGGCGGUCUCAACAUCGCUUUUGACCCCCAAAAGGCCAAGACUGCGGGUGCAGGUGGCAGCGAAGUCCGCCUGGCCCCAGCAAACAAGGGCCAAAAGGUGGACAGCGUCAACUUUGUCACCAAGGCCAGUCCGACAUGCGAAGGCGCGCUUCGCUUUGAAACGGCGAGCCAGCGAGGGCACUAUUUGGCAUACUUUCCUCCAACGUUUUUGAGAGUGGUUCCUUUCCUCGAAGAAGCAGAGGAUCGAGUUCUCGACUUCAUCUUUGUCGACUUUGAAAGCAUGUUCAAGUUCAUCAACCUGGAUGAAGUCUUGGAGCCUGUCUUCAGCAUGGAGGAGCCUGGUGCAUGGAUUGAGCUCGCGAAGCUGCAGGAAGACGAAGCUGUGAAGAGUCAUUUCAAGGAGGUGAUGGGGAAGCCUGUCUGGGAUGCGGAGGACUUCCAGGCCUACUUCGAGGGCCACUGGUCCACCUUCGAGUACAAGCCGAAGGACACACCAAAGUCGCGGCUUCGAGUUCUGAAUGAUGGAAUGACGAAGCAGCCUUUGCAGGAGAAGCUGGAAUUUCUCAUGGCUCAGCAAAGCCCGAUCAUGAAAGGCAUCUACUUCGGGAACACAGGUGCUGCAGCUGGCCGUGGCUUUGAGCAGCCAGGUUCGAUGCCUCCACCCGACAUCCUCAUCAUGCAGGAUGUGACGCAGCGCGCAGCGUUCUUCCAGCGAUCGGCAGCCUUUUGGACCUGUUCUUUUGCGUUCGUGACGGCAAUUCUUGGCCACCUGAUCUCAGCGUUCAGGAGAUCUGAGUAUGAACCUCCAGUGGCAGUUGCUCUAGGUUGGUGCGUGCUUUGUGGGACUGGAGCUGCAAUGAUGCCAUGCAGUCUUUUCUGGCUCGGCCUGGCCAUUGGAGUGUGGAUGCUGGUCAUGCAUCAGCUGGGCUCUUUCGAUGAGUCUUCGCACGAAGAUCCAAAGUUCGCUCCGGAGCAAGAUCUUCGUCUGUUGAGCAGCGAUCAGCACUUCCAGAACGCAGCCCUGCAAAUCCACGACACGGACCCUGCCAAAAUUGUCAUCUCAAUGAAGACUCUGCUUUGCUUGAUAACAUUAACAGCCGCAUACGCCUUCUUGGUACCUGGCAUUGUGACCAAAAUGUUCUCAGCGAAAGCGGUUGUUGGGGCCAGCGUAGUUCUUGACAUCGAGAAGUCCACGUUGGGAUUGAUUCUCCUGCUGCACCAAAAUGGGAUGUGGCUGGCAGCUCUUAUAAUCCUUGGAUACUCUGUUCUCAUGCCUUUUGCGAAGCUGGUCGUGCUCAUUAGCUAUGCGCAUCCGGCCCUGAGAAUCAGUGGGCUUGCUUCACCUGGAGCCGUCAGGGCGGUGCAGAAGAUCUCGAAGUGGGCGACAGUCGAUGUCUUCACUGCUGGGACGAUCUGCGGGUUGUUUUGCCAGCCUCACUUGUACUUGGAGAUCAAGCUGCAUGAUGGCUUCUACUAUUUCAUGGGCUAUUGCGUUUUGAGUGUGAUUGGCGCGCUGCUGAUCGACUUGCCUGCUGAGCACAACACGGGCACACAAGAAUUGCCGGAUGUCCAUGACGAUGGCGACAGCACUGCCUCAGCUCGACCACGUUCACCUGCGCUGCCAGUGGCUGCCAGUAUAUUGGCCAUCGGGACUGUAGCAAGCAUGGCCUUGCUGCCCCUGAUGAAGGUAACCUUUCCUCUCAUCGGUCUGGACGCGAGCGUGUCCAUCGUCAUGUUGGUUGCUUCCUUGUGGGACAAGGGCUUCGCUGGCGCAGCUGUGUGUUUCGCCCUGGUGCUUCUCCUCGUGCCCGUCGUGGACGUGGCGCUGUGCGCAGCGGCCACUGGCCGCUGCAAUCCGGUGCCAGCGGGGCUCAGGCCCUGGUUUCGGGAUUUCGCCAUGCUGGAUGUGUACGCGCUGGCCUGCGUUGUCGUGUUGUCGGCAGUGAUCCUUGGAGAAGCAGGUGUUUUCUUGGGCCAGGCCUUGCAACUAGCUCGCCAGCAGCACCAAGGGCCUGCCACUCCAGGAGCGCAUGACUUCAGCUCCCCUGAGGCCGUGCGGGCCUUGCAAAAGAGUUUCGCGAAUUUUGCCCUGGUGGGACGAAGCAAGUACAGGAUUAUGCAGGUGCCGACAUGGAAGAGCCAUGUAGCACAACUGCCCAGCAGCCCUCAAAACGAGGGAUUCAGCACGUUGGGUCUCAGAGCCAGGGGAGAAAGUCACGACAGGCUUCUUGUAGUCGUGCUUCGCGAAGCAGUUGAGGAAGCGGAUGCCCGUGGGUGCCCUUGCCAGAGCUUUGACUUCGCUUGCCAGUGCCCCUUGGCCACCAGCGCAAUCGAGAUCAGUCGCGAAGUGGUGUUGAACAGGGCGACGAAGCCACGGCUGCCCAGAUCCGACUACUGGCAGCUUUGCCCUGUGCUCAUGGCCGCCGCGAGGCGUGAAGUCAACAACAAUGAGGAGGAGAACGUUGACAUCCCUGCACCGGAACUCUUGCAUUCCGCCGAGAAGGUGCUCGACCUGGGAGGUGAUGACCCGGAUGACACGGUCCUGGUGCAGCGCACCGCGGCUGCCAGGGUGCUUGCUGGCAAGGCACUCAAGGGCGCCGCGCAGCACCAAGGUGGACUUGAGGAAGCUGGCUUCACGCUUCCGGACGUGUCCAGGCUCUUGGCGCUCCCCGGCGCGGCUGGGCGCGACGUGCUUUUGGCGACAUCAUGCGUCAAGCUGCUUGCGGCUGGGAACCUUCAACAACAGCGUGAUGUUUUACGUGCUGCUGUCGCAAGGGGCAGCACAAACACCGCAGCAGCUGCGGGUACCGCGAUCCUCAAGACGCUUUCUGGAGGAGGUGGCCCUGCAGACCAUGUUGCUGCCACCGAUGAUUGCGUUGAGACAGUUCGAGAAGUGGCGCAGUCAGGUGUGAGGCUGCCUGCCGCUGCGGCCUUGCUCAGGCGAAUGGCGGCCACGGCCAAACCGGUGAAGCUUGCUGAAGCUUUGCUUGCACUGGCGCAGAAAGCAGGACCCGGGCAGGCCGAUGACCUGCAGGCUGUGGCCGAACUUCUUGCCAGCAAGGAUUCAUUCAACGACUUCACACCAGAGCUUUUGCUGGAAGCAGCCCUGCUGUCGUCAAAGCACGACGCGCUUGAAGCGUUGGCGCGGGGAACCGCUGCGGCUGCCGCCGGUGUUCUGGAGAAGUUGCACCUGGAAGAGGUGGUGAAGCUGCUGUUGGCCAUUGCUCGCCGGCGCGGAGGGCUGCCAGCUGAGGUCAAAGACACCUUGCGCGUGGCAGCUGAGAAGGUUUUCUUGCCGCAGUUGGGGCAACUUGGCUCUGAAGACCUGGCGGGCCUCGUUUUGGCGACGCUGGGUCAUGGCUGGAAGGACUUGCGCGACGCAGUUGCAAAGGAGUUGUUGCGACGGCUGCCAGCUUUUCCCGCGAAGCAGCUGUUGGUAGUCACGCCCGUUUUCUUGCAGGAGCCGACUGGUGUCGAAUUGAUUGCAAGCUGGCCAAAGGUCCUCUCAAAGAGCUCCACACCAGCUUCAUCCAGUCAGAAGACUUCUGCACAGGCAGAUGCAGCCGACAAUCGAGAAGGUGAAGGCCUCGCGCCAGAUCAGCUGGUCAAGCUCGCCGGGCUAGCCGAAAACCAGGCAGCGGUCGCCGCAGCACCCAAGCAGUGGGAAACACUCCUGGAGGAUGUUGCAACACGAUUGCUGCCUGAGGUCGGUCAAUUGUCUGCUGCCGGUAGGGCCAUGAUGUCUUCACAGCUCAAGGGCAAGAUUGGCUUGGGCAAUAGCUCCAAGCACGCCGCUUUGCAGAAGGCUUUGGCUGUGGGUGUGUUGCCAGCGACUGCAGCAGAAGGCUCCAAGUCCAAGAAGCGCACAGCAGCUCCGGCAGGGCCAGAUGGUAGACUGAGCAAGAAGCAGCGCGGCAAGCAAACUCGGGCGAAGAAGUCGUGA